AUGGAACCAACGUGUAAACUAAAGAGAGGAGACCUGAUCGAGAUCGACCGUCAUGAUGGACCCUAUCAGCACUGGGCCGUCUACAUCGGAGAUGAUGAAGUGGUUCAUUUUGUUACAGAGGGUGGUGACUCAUCAGGCUCGUUUGAGCUGUUGAGCAGCAGCGGAGAGGUGAAGCGUGAGAAUCUCAGCGUCGUGCUAAGAGGUGACAGGUACCAGAUCAACAAUUCGCUGGAUGAAAAGUACGAGGCUCGUGAUCCUUCCAUGAUAGUGAAGGAGGCGUGUGAGAUGGUGGGCCGCGUGCUACAGUACAACGUGCUUUCUUACAACUGUGAGCACUUUGCUACCGAGAUGCGAUACGGCGUGGCAGAGUCGUGGCAGUUGUGUAUCUAA